CCGAGCUCUCCUGAGGUCAUGCCACCUGUAUCCUCCAUGCAAACUUCUAUUUAGUCCCUUUUUUGUUCAUCUGAGGCUUAGAAGCUCAACUGAGCACACGUCAAGCAGACCCUGGAGAGACCCAACGUGUCGCUUCUAGAUGGCCAGCAGUGAUUAUACUGGCUCUACGUUGACAGGAUGACAGCCUCUGCGAAAGCCUCCAGCGCGACCCCGAGCCUGUGGGAUCAGGCUUUCAACUCAUUGGACAGCGAUCUAAGAAAUGGCCUGAAUUCGACUAGGACACAUAAGCGCGAUAUCCUGGAGGCUGUGCUGAAAGAGAUCGAGGCCAAAAGAGAUGUAGCUGUACGCAAAAGAUGGAAGUUCAAGAAGCCCAACGGCGAUGUGGUCGUCGUGCGGGAUGUGCUCGAAAAGACCGCGAGGUGGAUCAACAGAUUCAAGGAGACGGGUGAUGUUAUCGCUCAGUACGAUCCUGUUCACCUUUCGUUACCGUGGGCAGCAUUCAGGUUCUUGCUUCAGACAGCUGUCUCUGAAGUUCAAGUAUUUGGAGCUAUGGCUGAUGAUCUGGAAACCAUUGCCCGGAUAGUCACCCGUUAUCGCGAAUUCGAGCGGCUUUACCUGCAGGGAAUGAAAUCGGAGCUAGAGUUGAUGUUAGAGGAAGCUUUGACUCGUCUAUAUGCGGAGAUUUUGACCCAUUUGGCUCGUGCGGUGAGAUUCUUCGGAGAGAAAUCCAUGGGUGAGUUUCAACUCUUGACUCUUCUCAUCUCUUCCUGAGAGGCUUUACUGCCAAGGUAGGAUAUCUGAUCUACCUAGAGGCUGCGGUCACGAGGCUCUCGGUACAGGCAACCAUGUACUCUCAGUCACUCUCAGAACAGAAGUACAACAAAAUACUUGAAUGGCUGUCCGCGUCACCAUAUUACAACCAUCAUCAGUUCGUCUCGCAAUCCCGGCUACCCGGCCUCGGGAAAUGGCU